CAUCAUCAGAGCUAAUUUAUAAAGUAAAAAGCAUGAUUAUUAUUAUUAAUAUAAUGUAGAAGAUAUUAUCUUUGCUUAUAACAGCGUUGCUAUUAAGUGGUUUAUCCAUUUACAAUAACAGUGAAGAAUCAUAGGAAUUUAAGAGUUGGUAAAAAUAAUAUAACAAAUUCUAUGGUAAAAGUGAAGAGGAAUAUCGAUAGAUAGUAUUUAACAAAAAUGUUGAAUUGAUUAAGAAACAUAACUCUAAUGUAAAUAAAAGUUAUAGUAUGGCAGUAAAUUAAUUUGCUGAUUUAACAGAUGAAGAAUUUGAAGGUUUAUAUUUAGGAAAGGCAAAAUAGGUUAAAAUAGAGAAUAUUGAAUUAAGUAAUGGAAAUAAUUUAGGUGAAGUGGAUUGGUCUAAUAAAAUGAAUCCAAUAAAAAACUAAGGUAAUUGUGGUUCUUGUUGGACAUUUUCUGCCAUAGGAGCAGUUGAAGGUUAUUUAAUUAUAAGAACAGGAUUCAAAGGAGUUUUAUCUGAAUAAUAAUUAGUAGAUUGUGCAAUAGAUGCAGGAGAUGGAUGUGAUGGAGGAGAUUCUGAUUUAGCUAUAGAUUAUAUUGCUUAAGUAGGUUCAGUAUAUGAAAGAGAUUAUCCAUAUGUAAAUAUAUUCAAUAUAUCAAAAAGACAGCUUAGAAUGGAGUUUGUAAAGUUUUAUAAGGAAAGGUUAGAAUAUAAGGAAGGGAGAAUUAUGGUCCAAAUGAAGAUGCUAUCAAAAAGGGGAUAUAGAAUUAUCCAUUAUCAGUAAGUGUGGAUGCAACUUAUUGGAAAUUCUAUAGUUAAGGAAUAUAUGAUGGUGCCUGUAGAGAUGAUUAUCAUAAUCACGCUGUUGUUGCUGUUGGAUUUGAUUAUAGCGGAAAUUGGAAAAUUAGAAAUUCAUGGGGUGAAGGAUGGGGAGAGUAAGGGCAUAUUUGGUUGAAGCCAGGAAACUCAUGUGCAGUCAUGACGAGAGUUGAUGGAGCUAUUUGA